AUGCAGGCAAAGCAGAAACGGCACAAGAUAUGCCGAAAAACCUUCCAACUUGCCCACGAGACUGAACCCGUCAGCGAGGAAUUCGGUGUGAAAGAAUCCAUGGAUCUAAAAAUAUCCAUGGGACGGGGCAGACCGUUGCCAGGCCCUCUUCCUGACCUCGAAGAUUACGUUGUUGAUUUUGACGGAGUCGAAGAUCCAUCGCAUCCUUACAACUGGCCAUUUCCCACCAAACUCUUUACUGCCGUGCUGGUAUGCUCGGGUACUUUCAUAACCUCUUUGUCCAGCGCGGUCUUCGCCCCAGGGUCCGAUAGCGCGAGCAACGAAUUCGGCGUUGGAGCAGAAGUCGGAAAAUUGGGUACAACGCUCUUUGUUCUAGGAUUUGCAUCGGGACCGGUGAUAUGGGCUCCAGCAUCUGAACUUUAUGGCAGGAAAUGGCCCUUGACCAUCGCCCUGCUCGCCGGUGGAAUAUUCACCAUAGGUACCGCUGUCGCCAAAGAUAUCCAAACACUCCUCAUCUGUCGCUUCUUUGCAGGAAUGUGUGGCGCGAGCCAGCUUACAGUCGUCCCGGGAGUACUGGCAGAUAUAUACGACAACACCCAACGCGGUAUCGCCAUCUCACUCUAUGCUUUGACCGUCUUUGUCGGCCCGUUUGCUGCACCUUUCAUCGGUGGAUUUCUUGCGACGAGUUACCUGGGAUGGCGCUGGACUCUCUACAUUCCAGCUAUCAUCGGUCUCGUUACAGGCGCAGUGUCGGUUGUGUUUCUGCGUGAAACAUUCGCACCGGUGCUACUUAUAACGAAGGCCACGGAAAUGCGGCGUCGAACGAAGAUCUGGGGCAUCCAUGCGAAACAGGAAAGAAUGGAAGUGGAUUUCGGAGAAAUGGCUACGAAAUACUUCACUCGUCCACUGAAGAUGCUUUUGACUGAGCCGAUCAUUUUACUCGUUUCGCUCUAUAUGUCUUUUAUCUAUGGGCUUAUUUAUGCACUCCUAGAGGCAUAUCCAUAUGUCUUUGAGAAUACGUAUGGGAUGAAGGCCGGAAUCAGUGGAUUGCCUUUUAUAGGCCUGAUUAUCGGAGUCGCCCUGGCACUAACAUUUAUCUUGCUGGAACAUGGCAGCUAUGCAAAGAAGUUGAUAGCUAACAAAGGCAUACCUGUGGCUGAAUGGCGUCUGGUUCCUCCGCUUUUUGGGGCACCCGUGUUUACCAUCGGAAUAUUUUGGCUUGGUUGGACUGGUUACGAUCCAAAAAUACACUGGGUGGUACCUACUGUCGCUGGGAUCUUUGUUGGGUUCGGCGUUCUUUGCGUAUUUCUUCCUUGUUUCAACUACCUGAUUGAUGCUUAUCUACCUUUCGCUGCCUCCACAGUCGCUGCCAAUAUCAUUCUCCGCUCUACGGUGGCCGCAGGUUUUCCGCUUUUCACAACUCAGAUGUUCGAAAAUAUGGGUAUUCAAUGGGCAUCCUAUGGCCCUCUACUUCGAAGCAAAAGCAAGCUUUUCAAAUGA